AUGAGUAACCAUGCGCAGGCGAAUACCUCGAACAUUCAUCCGAGUGGCAGCAACCAUCAUUCGGGUUCUUCCAAUACCCAUACGCCAUCCAUGAUGGAGCAAAGUUUUAGUACUACCUCAACCUCAUCUUCCACAACGUCUCCCAAUUUCAUCAAUCCGAUACAUACCAUACAGGAACCACAUCAUCAAAAUACACCCAGCCCUGUAAAUUCCAACAUCACAUUUUCCUUUUCGGGAAGGAAGGAAACACCACACAGUCCACCACCUCAUUCUCAUUUUCAUAAUUUUGCCAAUGUAACACAAUUGGAUGAGGACGAAGUAGAAAUUCAUACAGCCACUCGAGGCGACCACGAUGAUGAAAAGGUUUUUGGAUCGAACUCUUCUCCUAAUCAAAUGAAAAUAGAUUCAGAGUAUCAUCAUCAUCGAAUGACGAGUGAAGUAGAUGAUUAUCAUCCAACUCAUCACCAUACUCAUCCACAUCAUCACCAAGCUCACCACGGAUUUCAUAAUCCAGCAACAAACAGCGCUCAUCAUGAAGAAGGAGACCCACAUCAUGUUGUGCACUUUCAUUCGGGAGGUGACGACAAUGAAAUUAUCGGAGAGGUGAAUGUUGAUGCGAAUGGAUCUUUUUUUCCAAAAGAAGAAGGUUUUCGGCCUCAGCAAGGUCUCUACAUGCAUGCUGGAAUGACUUCAUCAUCAUCCAUUGACUCUAUUGCAAGUUUUGCUAGUACUACUGAUUUGGAUGCUUUGGCUGUGUUGACAAAUGAAGAAUUGAAGGGCUAUGUUGCCGACCAACUGGUUCCAAUUGGAGAAAGUGACGCAAUUGUUGAAAGCAUUAGACAUCACGGCAAGUCAGCAAACGAAAAAAAAGAAGAUGAAAACGUUGGAUUAUUAGCCAAGUCAACCAAGAGCGUUUGGGACUCGAUUAAAGGAUUCACAGAUAAGAUUAUGCAAAAAGAUGCUCCCGUUUUGUUACCGUCACAAAAGAGAAAAUUAAGAGGAUGGUUCAUGAAAAAGUAUAAAAGGGCUAGAAGAAAAGAAAUGGCUAAUAUGCAAGGGGAUGAAGAGGAAGAAGAGGAGGAGCCAGUUCGAGAAAGUUGGACUGACAAAAUUAAACAAUGUUUCCAACAAACUAGAUCGGAGAGUAGAGUUUUGUAUACAGAAUUAAGCGAGGAAGACAAGCUUAAAGUUCAAUCAUUAAUUUUGGAUUUAGGAUUUGCAUUGACAUUAUAUGGCAUUAGUGCCAAUAGAACGGAAUAUCAUUUGACUCUUGUUUGUGCAUAUUUUGGAAUUGAUGCUUAUUUUAAUAUUACACCUAUUGGAAUUUGGUUUUCGUUUGGACAAAAGGUUAGAGAAGCUGACAACAGAACAUAUUAUGUGAAAGUAGAAACUCAAAUGUUAAAUUUGGACAAGUUGACGAAACUAGAUACUGUUGCAAGCAAUAUUGCCCGAGGACGAUUGGGAGUGGACGAAGCUAGAAAAGAAAUUAGAAGCAUUGUUUCAGCUCCGAAUGUCUAUGAUCAUCCUGUUGUUAACAUUUUCAUGCACUUUAUUUGUCCUGGAUUAUUUGGUCUUUUAUGGAGUGGAAAUGUUGCCGAGCUACUCACUUGUCUUACUGCAGGAUUGGCCAUUGCUUUGAUACAUUUAUAUUGUCAGCGAUUUGGUUUUUUCAGAAAUGUUAACCAAAUUGUUGCGACUAUUACCGCUGGAUUGAUUGGUAUUGCCAUGAAGGCAAUUUUCAUUGACAAAUUUGAAGUUUCUGUUUCUCUUAUUUCUCUUGCUGCGACGUGGCAAUUUUUGCCGGGUCAACCGAUGGCUGUGGCCUGCUAUGAAAUUGCCACUGGUGCCUUGUUGAGCGGAAUUUGUCGUUUUGUCUUCUCCUUCGUUGUGAUUUUAAAGCUUGGAUUUGGUUUCUUAAUUACGUACGUGAUUGCGAUUAACAUACCUCAUUUGCGAGAUAGUGAACUGAACCCACCUUCGAGAGAGCCAAUUCCACUUUGGUUUCGAUUUAUUAUCAUGAUUGGUCUCGCCUUAAAUAUUGUUUUCACAAGAAGAGUUCCUAAACAUGCCUUUUCCAUUAUUUAUAUUACGCUAUCGACUGUCUGUGCUCACAUGGUAGCUUUUGUUUUGGCAGAUGUCUUGAAAAAUGUAGAAGCAGGAACCAUUAUUGGAGGAAUUUUAAUUGGUAUUUUGGGAAAUAUUUACACACUCAUCUCAAAAAAGCCUUCCAUGAUGGUUGUUGGUAUUGGUGCGCUAUUGUUAGGACCUGGCUCAAUGUCCUUCAGAGGAAUUGCAGCAUUUGUGUUUAAAGAAACCACUGAAGGUCUCAAUUUGUUGUUUGAGAUCUUUUGGGUUGGUAUUGCAUUGUUCUUUGGUUUUACGGUUGCAAAUAUCGUGGUACCAAUUAAGCAAAACAUCAAUGUGUAA